CACGACCUUCAUGCAGUCUCAUCUUCUUUAGUCUCUACAACACACUGUUCACACUCCUUUAUUAGUUUCUGACGUUAUAAUGUCGUUUCUACGACGUAUAUGGUCCAAGAAAGCGGAUGAGGAUUAUGAGACUGUGUUGUCGAAUCUCGCCAAUGACAUUCAGAAACGCCAGGUCAAAUUGUCGGAAAUCCGACUUCGUGAAAGGCGCUCGACUUUACUUGUGACGUUAUACACACUCGCGGUAUGGGUGGCGUAUGUUAGCCUUUGGUAUAUGGGCAUCUUGCCCUCCAUCAAAGGAAAACUCGGUGUCCGCAACCUCAAGAUUGAAAAGGCGGUCAAGGCCGUUCCUGUAGUCAUUGGACCCGUAAUUAUCUUGUUUAUUCGCCGAAUUGUUCAAAUUUGGUACGAGCGGAAAGGGAACGCGGAAGAGAAAACCCUUCAGCAAUUGAUGAAGCAACGUCGGGAUAAGGUUGAGGAAAUCAAGAAGAAAACCAACUACUAUUCCACGCGGGAUCUACUCCAGAAGUACGACGACGUGACCCCUGCUGAAACACCUUUGCGAAGGCGCAACCCUCCCGUUCCCCAAAACCCGUUCGCGACCCCCAAGCCGGGUACACCCCAACUCGAUGGUCGGCCCCUGCCUGUUGAUCCCAGACUGAACACGCCUGUUGCCGUCAAGACACCAGUUGACCCACGACUCGCUCUAUCGCCCUCGUAUCCUGUUGCACCUCCAAAGAAGCAGUGGUAUGACAAGGUUGCGGAUGCAUUGCUGGGAGAUGAUGAUCACUCUUACCAAUCACCGAGCUCGCGAUACGCGCUAAUCUGCGAGAAAUGCUUCACCCACAACGGUCUCGUGAAGGAGAGUAUGUGGGAAGAUGCUCAAUACGUCUGUCCUAAGUGCAACCACUUUAAUGCCUCUGUUCGUUCGAAGAAGCUUCAAAGGCAAGGGGGGUCGCCAUCCACUCCCGUCGGAAUUUCGAGAAUUCCAUCUCAAACGCCAUCUCCUCAAUCCGGUCUUUCUCCUUCGCCCGAACCACUUCGAUCAGGACAACCAGCGCCUGACCGAGAUUUACCCACUGUCGAUAAUGAUGUAUCGAACAUGGAGGUUGAUGAAUGAGUAUCACCCUCUUCUGUUGUUGUACAACCUGUUCAAUGUACGCCAUCGUCGAUGU